CAGGUGCUGCCGCUGGGCACCAGAGCUCGAUGCACACCCGGGGUGACGGCGGCGAGGGCAGUUCCCUGGCGGCGCGACUCACUUUCGCUUUGGAGGGCUUGCCCGGGCAGCGCGCCGGCCGGCAGCAGCAUGAGCGCAGGGCUCCUCUUCCUCCGCCUCGUCCUAGUGUGUGUUUGGACUAUUGGAUCACAGUGUGACAGUGAUGUACCUGCUGCACACACUGUAUAUGAUAAGCUGUCUAUAAAGAGGAAUAUUUCUAAAAGGGAACUUAAAUGUAAAGAGGGAGAAUAUGCUGCAGAAAAUAUCUGCUGUAAGAAGUGUCCACCUGGUUCAGUUAAAAGUGUUGAUUGCACAAAGGACAAAAACACAACUUGUGAACGAUGCAGAGAAGGAUCAUUCAUGAAUCAUUACAAUUCUCUCGAUGAGUGUAUGAGGUGCAAGUCAUGUGACUCUGAACUUGAUUUGGAAGUUGCAGAACAUUGUACCGUCACUCAGAACACAAAAUGCAGGUGUAAACAACACUACUUUUGCAAUUCUUCUGGCCCAUGUCAUCAUUGCGACCCAUGCAGCAAGUGUGAAAAUGGCGCAAUUGAAAAAGAAUGCACCCCGACCACAAAUACCGUAUGCAAAAGGAACUUCUGGUGGAUCUAUCUAGUGGUUGGAAUCGCAAUUGCUAUCGCAUCACUAGCCAUAGCAGCAUACUAUUACAAGAAGAAACGGAAGGAUUUUGAUUUGAACAAUCAGAUGCGGCAUUGGGUUGUCCACAAACCACCCACUCCUGAAAUGGAACGUCUCAUGUACCCAGAUAUUGACCUCAGCACCCACAUUCCUGCUAUUGUGGAGGAGAUGACACUACCACAGGUCAAGAAUUUUGUUCGGAAGCAUGAAAUCCCAGAACCUGCCAUAGAGCAGACAAUCCAGGACCAUUUAAAUGAUUCAACUGAGCAGAAAAUCAAAUUGUUCCAUAUCUGGUAUCAACAUCAUGGAAUGAAGGGGGCUUAUGGAAAUUUGAUCGUCAGCCUUAGAAAAUUUAGUAUGCGUACUGUUGCUGAUAAAAUUGAGAAAAAACUGAACGUGGUUACUUCCAGCAGUCAGGAAAAUGGAAGAUCAAAUGUCAAUACUGCUGAGCAAAGCAGUGCCCUUUCUGAUGGACAUAAGGUGUAGUCAGCAGGAAAAUAUUUCUAAACUGGUAAGUAUUAUUUUUAUAUUGUAAAUAACAAAGUUUUCAAAGACCGUUCCCUUCAGCAUUUCUACAUGAUUAAAGAAGAGGCGAGUGAACAAGCACAGACAGCAUGGCUAACUUCUGGAAAUGCAUCGAUGCGCACUUCAAAGAUUGAGAUUUUCCUAUUCUUUGUAAAAGGACUGGGAACAGAGACUCUGGGAAGCAGUCACUAAAAAAGCAACAAUAUAGCAGUUCAUGCAGAGGACUCACAAUGCUUCUGUGUCACACAAAAAUAGUCAGCCAACGUUUUGGAUUGAAACUUUAGUUUAAGGAUUUAUGGUCCGAGACAAUGGAUGAUCUUUGCAUUUAGUUAUGCUGAAAUUAUGGUUUAUAACUAAUUUCCUUAUGUAAAAGAAUGAAAACUCUGCUGUUAUGUUCACAAUAUUUUCAGCAAACGCACUUAGGGAAAAAAGGAUUUCAAUUCUUAUUUUAUAUUUAAAGACUAACUUUAAUGUAAUCUGUAAACAUGUUAAAGAUUUACUCACAUGAGAAAUCCCAUUUAAAGUCAGUUGGGCUAUUCAGUUGUGUAAGUAUUUGCAAGAUGAAUAUACUUGUUUUUAUAGUUUACUUUGAAUGGUACUUUCAGUUGUGAAAGCAUAUGGAAAUAUACAUAUUUCAUGAAGAGCCCCAAACUAACCUCAUAUUGCCUACUACAAUAAUCAUGAUGGUCCUUUCUGGUCUUAAAAUAAAUCCAUGAAAUGAAAUGG